ACUGCAUUUACUUGUGCUCUCGAUGCAUUUACAAAAAUUUUUGCAUCUCAAUUGCUCCCAACCGUUCAAAGGGAUCACAUCGAAAACCCCUCGCGAGUAAAACCACUCAGCAUAUUUCUGCGAAAUUUGCCAUCCAUCGUCAACGGAAAGAAAAAGAACCAACAAUGAAGUUCAGCGUCUUUGCCAUCACAUUUGCUUUUACCUGUUUCGUAAGCCUUUCCCAGGCCACCGAAGUCAGACAAUGUCAAGGAGGAGCCAAGAAAUUGGAGUCCACGGAGGUGUUGAUUUCAAACUGUGAGAAGCCACCUUGCAAACUUCGCCGGAAAACGGAAGUUUCCAUUGAGGAAAAAUUCACACCAGACAGAGAUCUAAAGACUCUCACAACGACCGUCCAUGCUGAGAUUCUUGGCAUCCCACUGCCCUUCAUUGGCGUAGAUAACACAUCAGCUUGCGAUAAUCUCUUCGAAGAAGAUGGAACAACAAAGGCUGCCUGCCCACUGCAAGCUGGCAAGAAUUACGUGUACAAGAAUUCAUUUAAGGUGCUCGAAAUUUACCCAAAGACAAGCCUCGUUGUUCACUGGGCACUCACGAGCGACAAUAAGGACGUCACAUGCUUCGAAGUUCCGGCUAAAAUUAUCUAAAAUUCUAAAGAUUUCUUGAUAAAAAAAAACUUUUGGAGAAUGAUUUUUAAUUAAUUAAAUGAUUUUUAAAAGAAAAAUACUUAU